ACAUUGAUGAAUUAUUUGUUUUUGAUAUUGCCGAAUCGCUGCUAAGGAAGCUUACUUCUUAUGCUUAUCAAGAGGUUUCUCGAGCCUAUGGUGUGUAUGAAGAUCUGCAAGGGAUCAAAGACACUCUAACAAUUGUCAGAUGUCUUCUGUUGGAUGCAGAGGAGAAGAAGAACCAACAGCAUGCGUUGCGUGAAUGGCUGAGGCAGAUUCAAAACAUUUUCUCUGAUGCUGAAGAUGUUUUGGAGGGAUUUGACUUGCAGGACAAGUGAAAGCAAGUUAUCAAGGACUCUGGCAGCACCAGCAUGAAGGUAUGCCACUUCUUUUCUACCUCUAAUCCACUUGCUUUCCGUAUUAAGAUAGCGCAUCAAAUCAAAGAUAUUAGGAGUAGAUUGGAUAAGGUAUCUGCUGAUGGGACGAGGUUUGGACUUGCAACCAUCAAUGUAGAAUCUAGACUUGUUGUCCAAAGGAGAGAAAUGACUUAUCCUGAUGUUGAUGCAUCAAGUGUAAUAGGAAGAGAGAGUGACAGGAAAGAAAUUAUCAAGCUUUUGAUGCAACCACAUCCUCGCGGUGAUGGUGAUGGUGACAAAAGUCUGUGUGUUAUUCCCAUAGUGGGAAUUGGUGGCUUGGGGAAAACCACACUUGCAAAGUUGGUGUUCAAUGAUAAAAGGGUGGAUCAACUUUUCCAAUUGAAGAUGUGGGUGUGUGUCUCCAACGACUUUGAUAUUAGGCAGAUAAUUAUUAAAAUCAUCAACUCAGCUUCUACUUCCCCGUUUGCUUCAGCUUCAAGUGUUACUUCUCACCAAGAAAACAUUAACAAUAUAGAUAUUGUACAGCUUGUAAGUCUUUUGAGAUCUAAACUUUCUGGACAAAAGUUUUUACUUGUGUUAGAUGACAUAUGGAAUGAUGAUCGUGCAAAAUGGACUGAGUUGAAAGAUUUGAUAAAAGUUGGCACAGCAGGAAGCAAAAUGAUAGUGACAACACGUAGCAAAUCAAUUUCUUCAAUGAUGGGCACUGUUCCUUCGUAUGUUUUACAUGGCCUUUCUAUAGAGAAUUGUUUAUCUCUAUUUGUCAAAUCGGCAUUUAAGGAAGGUGAAGAAGAAAAGUUUCCAAAUCUCGUGGAGAUUGGAAAAGAAAUUGUGAAAAAAUGUCAAGGAGUUCCACUAGCAGUGAAAACAUUAGGAAGUUCUCUAUUUUCAAAAUUUGAGUUAACUAAGUGGGAAUUUGUAAGAGAUUCUGAAAUAUGGAAUUUAGAACAGAAGCAAGAUGAUAUUUUACCUGCAUUAAAACUAAGCUUUGAUGAAAUGCCAUCCUAUUUGAGGCACUGCUUUGCUUAUUUUUCCUUGUAUCCCAAAGAUUUCUUCUUCCGUAAUUAUGAUAUUGCUAGCCUUUGGGUAUCCCUUGGAUUAGUUCAAUCCCGAAAUGGAAAUGGAAAUCUAGAGAAUAUAGCAAGAGAAUAUAUAGAGGAAUUACAUUCAAGAUCAUUUCUCCUAGAUUUUGUUGACAAUGGCUACAUUUUCAACUUCAAAGUACAUGAUUUGGUGCACGAUCUUGCAUUGUAUGUUGCGAAGGAGGAGUGUGUACUAGUACAGUCCCAUACUCGAAAUAUACCCGAACAAGCAAGGCAUUUUUCAAUUGUUGAAAAUGAUUCACUUGCCCGUACUUUGUUCCUCAAAUCAAAACGAAUAAGAACUAUAUUGUUUCCCAUUGAUGGAGUGGGUCUUGACAGUUAUUCUCUUUUGGACACAUGGAUAUCAAGAUACAAAUACUUACGGAUUUUAGAUUUAAGUGAUUCUACGAUGGAUACUCUACCCGUUUCAAUUGCUAAAUUGGAGCACUUGUGCGUUCUCAAUCUAACUAGUAACUACAAAAUCAAAAGACUUCCCCAUUCUAUUUGCAAGCUACAAAAUUUGCAAGUCUUGAUACUCACUGGAUGCAUGAAGUUUGAAAAAUUACCUAAAGGAUUACGGAAGCUGAUCAGCCUUCGAGAAUUGUCUAUAACUACAAAACAAUCUGUUCUGUCACAAGAUGAACUUGCAAGCUUCAACCAUCUUCAAACUUUGGAUUUUUAUUAUUGUGACAAUUUGAAGAUUUUGUUCAAUGGCUCACAAAGACUUAACUUCCUGGAAACAUUGAUGGUUCAAUCAUGUGGAAGCUUGGAGUCAUUACCUCUUUAUAGUUUUCCUAAAUUACAGACUUUGUACCUUGGAGAUUGUACUAUGUUAAAUUUGUCGUUGAACAACGAAAACCCAAUUAGAAUAUUGAAGAUGAAACAUCUUUAUCUUGAGAAAUUUCCAGGGCUUCUGACAUUGCCAAGAUGGAUUGUAGGCGCCGCAAACACUUUAGAGACCUUGGUAAUUAGAAAGCUUACAAACCUUGAGAUGCUUCCUGAAUAUCUCACAGCAAUGACUCAUCUUAAGAUGCUCGACAUUCGUCACUGUCCUCAACUGUUAACUCUUCCAAAUGACAUUCAAAGACUCACUGCACUUGAAGAUUUGCGAAUACAUGGUUGUCCUGAACUGUGCCGAAAAUGUAGGCCUCAAUUUGGUGAGUAUUGGCCCAUGAUUGCUCACAUCAAGCGCAUUUCUAUUGGGGAGCAAAAUGAAUUCUCUGACAUUGAAGGAUAAAGUAUAGAUGAUGAGGCCAGAGCAGAAAGGGAUAUGCAGCUUGAAGGUAGACAAGAAGAGAAGAAAGCUUAGAGUCUAUAAGAGUUGUGGUCAUGAGUGUUCAAAAGGUUGGAAAAAAAUAAUGUUAGCAUGAGGCUUUAGAUUCUCUAAAUUACGAUACCUCUUCAAUAAUGUAUGUUUGUAUAUUUGGUAAAUUGUCAUUAUGAAACUUUUUGAGUCAUUUCUUUUACUAUUUGGAUUGGCAAGUUCUGUAAUAGUGUUUUUAAGAAUAUAAUAAAUUGGGGAUACUUCAGAAAA